UCAACUUGUGAAAUGAAAAAAUAAUUCAUUCUAAGGAUUUUAAUGCAGUAAUGCUUUUUUUUUUCUGGAAAAACCUUGUCAGACACACAUUAGACACACAUUCCAUGCAGAGUAUUUUUGUAUGUCUUAUUACAUGUGUGGAAGGGAUGUUUCAUAAUUGGGGUAUUUUGUGUGACUACAGUGAAGUGAAGUGGAUUAAAUGCACAUCAGGGCACGGGACACUUCAUGCAUUACUUUGACACUAAAACACCCAACCAAUUCUGUACUUCUUGACAAAGAAAUGCAGCUUUCGUAAUCAGACUUUAUUGAUCCACAGAGGGUAGGGAGGGAGGGAAGUACGAGUGACACACUAAGAGGAAUGAAAACAGAUCAGAUAAGGAACUUGGAUCAAUGUAAUCUGCAUUACAUUUAGAGUUACAUUUUUUUUGUCAUGAUAUUUAAAAUAUUUUGUCAAUAUGAACAAAGACUGAUUAGCCCAUUUGAGCAUAAUAUCAAACAAUGAUAGAACACGUCACUUUUAUGUCAAAUUGUUGCAAGUCUCCUUAAUAGCUUAUUUAUUAUUACUGUGUAGGACAGAAGCACUAUGAUUGCAAUUUGGCGUAACAUCUUAAACAUGUAGCUUUGAGAUGGUUGCAUUUUUUAAAAGUUUUUUCGGCAUUUUUGCCUAUUUUGAUCAUUGACAAUAGAAACAGAGGAAACAUAGUAGAAGAGCACCAGAGAUGACAUUAAUUAGUUGACAUCUGUGUCUUGUUGUCCAAAGGGGACACCAAGAGAUGGUUAUAAUUAGGUUUGAAGAUUUAGACAAACUAUUGGUAGCAUUGCAUCCGACAUGUCUACUGUUUUAUUCUGAAUAUCAGCUUUUUCCAUCAAACAAAAGAUUUACAGUCUAGAUUGCAGAACUUAUUUGUUCCUCAGUCGGUCAGUAUGUUAAAUAGGAGUACGGGCUCUCAGUAGGCCAGAGGUAAUGUUACAUCGAGGAUCUAAUGUAGUAAACCCACAAAGUGUAUUUUAGAACCUGUCUACUUGUGUAGGUAAAGCACUUGGCUGAGUGUGGAAGCAAGUGAAGAAAGUCAUUUUUUAAAUUUUAUAUUUUAGCACUUUUUUGGAAGAAUGAGAUUUAAACAAAUCCAGUGAAUCAUGGGUCGAAUGUGAUGCUUUGAUGAUGCACUUAAUCUUUGCUCAAAGAACUGGAUUAAAAUAGACUCAUGAUAUUAAAUUGUUGCAACUCUACUAUCUAACAUUUUGCUGAAUUAACAACCCCCCUUUUUUAAUAUUAGGUUGCAUUAUUUAUAUGCACUUGAAAUGUCUGACAGCAAGUGAAAGCAUCACUAUUAAAUGAUAAACGCUCUUUCUCCACUCUUUACUAAACAUAUUGAGGUCAAACUUUUAUUAAGUUAUCUUGUAACUAUAAUUAAUCAUUACCAUGGUAACAAGCAAAUAAAUGAUUGAUUCUGUUGUUGGUAAAACAGUAAUUGGUUUGAUUACACUUUCAGUGAAUAUAGGUUACUUGUCUGCAAGGGUGAAAAAAAAAAGUCAACGAGUCAAAGAGUAAAACAGAUUUCACUCAUCACGUUUGGAUUAUGUCCAAACAUCCGUGUGACAGACCAGUGGAGGUCAGUGGUCCAAGGUGUGACACCGGUGAGGCGUGGCCCCCGAGCGCUGCGCCUGAUUGGUGGCGGAACUUUCGGCGGCUGAAGGUGGUACCUUGGAGAGCGGAGAGCAGCAGAGCAGAGCGGCAACAGAGUCCGGUUGAAGCGCAAUGCCUCGUUUUACUGUCCACAUCCGAGAUGAGUGGUUGGCAGUGCCCUGCCGAGAUACCACCAGGAAUAUCGGGUGGCUCGGAGAAGAGGCGCUCAAACGUUACGUGAAGAACAAACCGGACAACGGCGGCAUCACGGCUGUGAAGGACACUCGUUUUAUUGUGCGCAGGUGCCAGGGUUUGGGUCUGCUGGACGCGGAUGACACCAUCGAUGAUGUACUGGAGGAUAAUGACUUUGUCGAGCUUGCAAUUGAAGGAGAUACCAUGUCUCCUGACUUCAUACCGUGUGAGCCUGGAGUUUCUCAUCUGACAGCAGCAUACAGAGAACCUGGAGAAUAUAUCGCCCUGGAUGGCAACAGCCUGACAUCGACAGAUCUGGUCAACUUAGGCAGAGGACUCUACAAGAUAAAGCUGACUCCGGAAGCAGAAAGGAAAGUUGUGCAAUCCAGAGAGCUUUUGGACACCAUUGUCAAAGAAAACAAAGUUGUCUAUGGAAUCACAACAGGUUUUGGCAAAUUUGCCCGAACUGUCAUUCCUGUCAGCAAACUCAAGGAGCUGCAGGAGAACUUGGUGCGGUCACACUCAGCAGGUGUGGGAAACCCACUAAGCCCGGAGAGGACCCGCAUGCUGCUCGCUCUGAGGAUCAAUGUCCUGGCCAAAGGAUAUAGUGGGAUUUCUCUGGAGACCCUUCAUUCCAUGAUCCAGGCCUUCAACGCUUCCUGCCUCUCCUUUGUCCCAGAGAAGGGAACGGUGGGUGCUAGCGGGGAUCUGGCACCCCUCUCUCACCUGGCCCUAGGGCUGAUGGGAGAGGGUAAAAUGUGGUCUCCCAAGAGCGGAUGGGCCGAUGCCAAAUAUGUCCUGGAGGCCCAUGGACUGAAGCCAGUAUCACUAAAGCCUAAAGAGGGCCUUGCUUUGAUCAAUGGGACCCAGAUGAUCACUUCUUUGGGGGCGGAGGCCGUGGAGCGAGCCCAGUCGAUCGCCCAACAGGCUGACAUCAUUGCUGCUCUCACCCUGGAGGUGCUGAAGGGAACCACCAAAGCUUUUGACAGCGACAUUCAUGCACUGAGGGCCCACCCGGGACAGGUAGAGGUGGCCCUACGCUUCCGCUCGCUGCUGGACUCUGAUCACCAUCCAUCUGAGAUUGCAGAGAGCCACCGCUUCUGUGACAGAGUCCAGGAUGCCUACACCAUGCGUUGCUGUCCUCAGGUUCAUGGAGUCACCAAUGACACAAUAAAAUUUGUCCAAAGCAUCAUCAAUACAGAAAUCAACAGUGCCACUGACAACCCUAUGGUGUUUGCGGAGAGAGGUGAGACUAUUUCAGGUGGGAACUUCCAUGGAGAAUACCCAGCUAAGGCUCUGGACUUUUUAGCCAUUGCAGUCCAUGAGCUGGCCUCUAUCAGUGAGAGGAGGAUCGAGCGGUUGUGUAACCCGUCUCUAAGUGAGCUGCCAGCCUUCCUCGUCAAUGAGGGAGGACUCAACUCAGGCUUCAUGAUUGCUCACUGUACCGCUGCUGCCUUGGUUUCAGAGAAUAAGGUUUUAUGCCAUCCGUCCUCUGUGGACUCCUUGUCGACCAGUGCUGCCACUGAGGACCAUGUGUCCAUGGGGGGCUGGGCUGCUAGGAAGGCCCUGAGGGUUGUGGAACAUGUGGAGCAAGUUCUGGCGAUAGAGCUGUUGGCAGCCUGUCAGGGUAUUGAGUUCCUCCGCCCGCUCCGUACCACCACUCCACUGGAGAAGGUCUAUGACCUUGUGCGCAGUGUGGUCAAACCGUGGAUUAAAGACAGGUUCAUGUCCCCAGACAUUGAGGCUGUGCAUCGUCUACUGAUUGACCAGAAGGUGUGGAACGUGGCCAAACCUUAUAUUGACAAGUAUCAGACAGAGUACAUCCCCGAGUCACGUCCCGGCUCUCCUACUGCCUUCUCUCUGGAGCCUCCAGCAUCACCGAGGAAGCGCAUUCGUCAUGAGUGAAUCAAAUGAAAAUGCAACAG